UUUAAUUGAAAGAAGUAUGAAAGUUAUACACACAAGCAGAGGCAGUGAUUGCAAAUUCAACAGCUAUUUACAGCAGUGAUUGCAAAUUCAACAGCUAUUUACAGCAAAGCUUUUAAUCAGAUCAUAUAUACAUACAUAUACAAACGCGGAGAAGCGAGAGAUGAAGAUUCAAGAUUUCAAGGGUUUCGCCUUUGAGAGACAAAGAGAUUUUUGUUUUGCUCCUAGCUAGAAAUUUACUUCUUUUCCUUAUAAUUUAGGUCUUGGUUUUUGUCUUUUUUAAAGUAGGAACUAUUUUUUAAUCUCUAAUUUACGUACAUGGCGCGUAUUUCAAAUUACUCAACUGUCACUCUAUGGAACACCAAAAUAAAACAAGCUCUAAAACAGAACCAACUUCACAAACCCCUCAUUUUAUUCUCACAAAUGAAGCAACUUGGCAUUCAACCCGAUAAUCUAACCUUCCCAUUCGUAGCCAAAGCAUGUGGGGAGCUCAGGAAUCUAAAUAACUCAGAAAUCAUUCAUACCCAUGUUGUCAAAUCACCAUAUCGUUCAGACAAAUAUGUGCAAACAUCUUUACUAGAUAUGUAUGUGAAAUGUUGUAGUAUCGAUUGUGCUUACAAGCUGUUUGAUGAAAUGUCUGAGAGAGAUGUUGCUUCUUGGAAUGUCAUGCUUUCGGGGUUUUGUCAAAUGGGGUUUUGGAGUAGAGUUGUGGGUUUGUUUAGUGAGAUGAGAUUGGGGGGUGUUGAGGCGGAUUCGAUUACGAUUAUUGGGUUGGUGCAGUUGGGGUGUUUGGUGAGGGAUGUGAGGUUUGUGAGUAGUGUGCAUUGUUUGGGGAUGGUAGUGGGGGUUGAGGUGGAUGUUAAGAUUGGUAAUACUUUGAUUGCUUCGUAUGCAAAGUGUGGUGAUUGGGAUUCUGCGGAGAAGGUUUUUGAUGGAAUUGGAUUUGAUUGUUUGACUGUUGUGUCGUGGAAUUCUUUGAUUGCGGGGUGUGCUUAUGUUGGGAAAUCAGUUGAGUCGAUUGGAUUGUAUAGGAUGAUGCUUAGUCAUGGAUAUCGGCCUGAUGGUGGUACUAUCCUUAAUCUGCUUACGUUGUGUGAUCAAGAUGGAGCACUAAAUUGUGGCAAGAGUAUACAUUCACACGGGAUCAAAGUGGGUUGUAAUAAAGACAUGUCUGUGCUUAAUACUCUAAUAUCUAUGUAUUCAAAGACCGGAGAUGUUCGUUCUGCUAGAAAUAUAUUUGAUGCAAUUAAAGAAAAAACACGUGUUUCGUGGAAUGCAAUAAUUGGUUGUUAUGCGGAGAGAGGUGACUUAGAUGAGGCCAUGGCAUUGUUUCGGUCUAUGGAAGCGUCUGGUCAUAAGCCUGACUUGGUUACUGCUCUUUAUAUAAUCUCUGGUAGUGGAAAAAUAGGAGCACUUGAAACUGGAAGAUGGAUUCACAGUUAUGUUGUUUUAAAUAAGUUUCAUAGUAAUCUGGUGGUGUCUAAUGCAUUGAUAGGCAUGUAUGCAAAAUGUGGUUGCAUGACCCUCGCUAGAGAAAUCUUUAACACCAUGCACGAGAAAAGCAUCGUGUCAUGGACAACCAUUAUUAGUGGGUAUGCUUUGCAUGGAGAAUUAAAAGAAGCACUGGAUCAUUUUGAACUGAUGUUGGAGCUUGGACUAACACCAAAUCAUGUGACGUUCCUUUCUGUCCUUCAAGCUUGCAAUCAUGCAGGUAACCUUAACAAAGGCUGGGAGUAUUUUUACUUAAUGGCUAUUGUAUAUAAUUUGAGCCCGGAGAUAGAACAUUAUUCUUGCAUGGCUGAUCUUCUGGGCCGUAGAGGUAAGCUAAAAGAAGCAGUAGAGUUUGUUCAGAAUAUGCGUAUUAGACCUGAUGCGGGAAUAUGGGGAGCCUUGCUCAGUGCUUGCAAGAUCCACCGUAACAUAGAGAUUGGUCUAUAUGCGGCUGAACGUCUUCUUGCAAUUGAACCCCAAGUUGGAGCACCGUAUGUCGAAAUGGCUAACAUUUAUGCUUCAGUAGGAAGGUGGGAUGGAGUGUCGAAAAUGAGAACAAUGAUGAAAAACAAUCAAGUGACGAAAUAUCCUGGUCAAAGUGUUGUUCAAGUGAAUGGUAAGACUCAUACGUUUACGGUGGAAGGAAGAUGUCAUACUGCAGAUGUGCUUAUAUAUGAAACAUUAGAUGGUUUGAAUUUACAGUUGCAAGAGAAAUUUGACUCUGCAUUCAUUGAAGAGAUGGUCUUUUUACCGUAA